AUGCCCAAGCCAGACGCUCUCCGUUACUCGGCACAAGGAUUUGAGAAGCAGACGAUACCCCAAUACUGGCGCCCCAGCCCGCCGCUCUCCACGCCCGGGCCCGCCGCUCUCCCCUACUCGGUGCGGAAACCGGAGAAAAAGCCGACGGUAUCCCGAUGUCAGCGCCCUGGUCCGCCACUCUCUGCUACCCGGGACCGCCGUUCUCCGCGCCACAGCCCGCCGCCCUCCGCGCUCCAGACCGCCGCUCUCCGCGCCCCGGCCCGCCGCUCUCCACGCCUGACCCGCCACUCUCCGCAGGGAUGGGAGAAGCAGACGAUACCCCGAUACCGGCGCCCCAGCCCGCAGCUCUCCACGCCUGGGCCCGCCACUCUCCACUCCCAGGACCGACACUCUCCCCUAAUCGGUGCAGAAACCAGAGAAAAAGCCAAUGGUACCCUGGUACUAGCGCCCUGGCCCGACGCUCUGCGCGCCACAGCCCGCCGCUCUACAUGCCCCGGCCCGCCGCUCUCCGCGCCCCGGGACCGCCAUUCUCCGCGCCACAGCCCGCCGCUCUCCGGGCCCGGCCCGCCGCUCUCCGCGGCUCCGCGCAUGGCUAGGAGCAGGAACCGCCUGCAGUGA